AUGGCGAUUGGCACCUGCGGAGUCAUGGGCACAGCAAGUACGAUGGCAUGUAUCACGGCAGCACUCGGUCUGAUCCCCUUACAUGGUGCCUCUGCCCCUGCUGUCUCUGCCACGAGACUAAGAGUCGCAGAACAAACGGGCGCAAAUGCUGUUGCAGCGGCAAAGGAGCAAAGACUUCCGCAGAAUGUAUUAUCCAAGGAAUCUUUCUACAACGCGGCCAUUGUCCUACAAGCGAUCGGAGGCUCCACAAACGCAAUGGUCCAUCUGAUGGCCAUCAUCAACCGUCAUCCAGACAUCAAAGGCAGCGUGACCUUGAAAACACUCGAUGAUCUCGGUCGCAGCACACCGCUUCUCGUGGAUCUGAAGCCCAGCGGCGAUAAUUAUAUGAACGACUUUCAUAACGCGGGCGGAAUGCUUUGUCUUCUGCACCAGUUGCGUCCGUUACUUUAUCUCUCCGCCCGAACGAUCACUGGCGAGACAUUAGGCGAGAUCCUAGAUCGCAACCCCUUCCGCGAAUUCGAAUACUCACGCAGCAUAAUCCGUCCUCUUUCUGAUCCUCUCUAUCCUUGUUCUUCGCUGGCGGUGUUGUACGGCAACAUAGCGCCCAAUGGCGCGGUCAUGAAGGCUUCCGCGUCGAAAAACAAGCAUCUUCUUCGUCAUACCGGCCCAGCGGUGGUGUUUGAAAACUCGAAAGAUCUUGCCCUGCGCCUUGAUGACCCGGAUCUUGAAGUGACAGCUGACUCAAUUCUCGUGCUCAAAGGUAUCGGCCCCAUCGGGAAUCCUGGAAUGCCCGAGGCCGGCAUGAUUCCAAUCCCGCGAAAGCUGGCGGCACAGGGGGUUACUGAUAUGCUGCGCAUCUCUGAUGGUCGGAUGUCUGGAACCGCUGGAGGCACUAUCGUCUUGCAUGUUUCGCCGGAGUCGGCGAUUCCGGAUUCGCCUUUUGGGGUGAUUCAGACGGGUGAUAUCGUUGUGUGCGAUGUGGAAAGUCGUAAGCUAGAGCUGCAAACUAGUGAGGAGGAGCUGAGAGCUCGGGUAGCUGUGAGGAAGCAAGCAUUGUCGAAUACCGAGGCGGGAGAUGAGCCGUCGCCUUGGGUUCAGAGACAAUCACGACGAGGAUACCGUGGUCUUUAUGAACGGACAGUGAACCAGGCUCAUGAGGGUGCUGAUUUCAGCUUUCUCACUGCUACCGGGGAUUGA